UUCGCGAUGGAAGACUCAAUGGCCUUAGAAAAUACCCUCCAAACAGACUCAAACUACCAACUAACAGACAGUGUAACAAUUAAAGAGGAGUCGGACAAUAACAUAGUUAUAGAAGAACACAAUGUAGAACUACGAUUAAAAACUGAAAAAGAAGAUCCCUAUCAAAAUAUCCAAUUAGAAGUAAAACAAGAACCAGAACCAGUUAAUUUCAGGAAAUAUAUAGAGAGUAAGAUAUUAGAAGAGUUCAAAGUACAAAGUGAAGUAGACUCAAUAUUGCCUAUAAUUGAUCCGGAAGAAGAAGAACAGGUGAAACAAGAAUGUUUGGCAGAUGACGCUAUGAUAUCAUAUGAUUUCCCGAAUUUCGAUGAUGGUAGUGUCGGGGCUCGGAGUAUGGAGACUGGGAGUAUGGACAGCAAUGAUGCGGCAGCUCUUGGGAAUGUGGAAGCGUGUCUGCAGGAGGAUGGGGUCAGUGUUAAAUAUGAGAAUGAUGGAUAUGAUGACCCCCACUUAAGCGUGAAAGAAGAAAGAGACUUGACAGUGACAGAGACACAUCUAAUAUCAAAUAAAGUGAUCAACACAACAUCAACCAUCACCAACCCGCAGGACGGGCUCAUACAGUCACAGACUACGAAAACGCUAGUCAUGGAAAUACACCCCAUGUCACAUAGUGGCAGUGUCCCGCUAUCUAAGAUAGGGAAUCCCGAAGAAAUCCUACCUAACGACAUAGAAUAUGAUGACUUCCAAUUAAACUCUAUCACAGGAAAUGAAUUAACGCUAGAGCAAGAGGCAUAUGGACUUUUAAAGGCGAAAAAGAAAAAGAUAGAUCCAGAAAAGACGCAUCAAUGUCCUAAGUGUGUGAACAUGUACCGUAGCGCAGCGUCUCUUAGAAACCAUUUGUCAGUGCAUGCUAGUAUAGAGAACCGAGCUAAAGGCGUCAUUCAAGGGCAGAAAACUAGACGUUUGAAUAGAUUAAAAGCGGAAAAACAAUACAGAAUUGAACUAAAAAAAGAGACAAAACAACAGGAACAAUAUCUCAAAUCUAAGAUAGAAAAGAAAAAAAUUAAAAAGAAACCUGCAGAACCAGUUAAGAAAGAAGGAUACGAAUGUACUUGUGGAAAAGUAUUCAGAAGAAGAAGUCGCAUGGAAACUUGUUUAAGAUCACAUAACUUGUUUGCUGAAGAAAAAACAUACCCUUGCCAUACAUGUGCAAAGAAUUUCAAAGACAAACAAGAACUGACGUUACAUAGAAGACGAUUCCACACCAAGAAGAAAUUCCCAUGUAAAUUUUGCCCGACAGACUAUAACACGCCUAAAGAGCUCUUCAAACAUUUACAAAUACACCAGAAAGUUCAGCUAAUGGAAUACAAAGUUAUUUCAGAAAUUGUUAAAGGCAAGAAGAUGCGGUGUUUUAUGUGUUCUAAAACUUGUACGGAACUGUCAGAGUUAAAGUCCCAUGUCAUGGAUGACCAUAAGGAACCUUACAUUUGUCCGCAUUGCCAGCAAACAUUCCCUAAAAUAAUAGAUUUUGCCAAUCACACAAAAACAUCACAUCCCGAGGUCGAAGGCCAAUCAGUCUUAGACGUCCUAGAAGCGUUUUCAAAACUGGUACAAGCGUGGAAAUGUGAAGAAUGUGAGCUACAGUUCCACGAGGCAGACAAACUAGCGAGGCAUCAGAUAGACAAGCAUAGUCGAGAAGUCAAAUCGGAGCUACAAGUCCAAUGCACAGAUUGUCAAAGAGUAUUCAUCACACAAAAAGGUCUAACAUCACAUAGAAGGGUACAUCACAGCACAGAAACACCCGAAGUCAGUGACAUUAUCGAAAAGGGUAUAAUGUGUUUAGAAUGUAGGAAGAUAUGCAAAGAUAUGAGCGCUUUAACAUCACACAUGAGGCUGCAUUCUCCGGAUAGAAGGUAUCCGUGCAAAUUUUGCGAUUUUCGCUUUGCAACGCCUGAAAAAAGGAAAACGCAUGCUGAAAUUCAUACGGGUGACAUGAAAUAUGUGUGUUUUAUUUGUGAAUAUCAGUGUACGUCAGAGAAUAGGCUUAAACAGCAUAAAUUAUCAGCGAAGCAUUCAAAUAUGAAGGAAUAUUUAUUAACUGGUAAAAUAAAUAACGAAUCAGCAUCUAAGCAAGAUGAAAUCAAAGCGUCUCAAAGUAAAAGUGUUAAGAAAAAUAAGAAAGAAGGUUCAGAGGUGAUAGAAGUGACAUGUGAAGUGUGCGGAGAGAAGUUUCCUAGUGAAGAGACCAUGCUGGAACAUAAACAGACACAUCCUUUUAUCGAGUUUCCUAAUGAAGAUACGCCUAGUAGGAUAUUCUUCAAGUAGCAUUAAGCUUGCUUGUUAUUUAGUACUGCCGUGUUGAACUAAAAGGGUAGAAGUAGAAACACGAAUGUA